CAGCUUUAAACUGAAGCCUUCAGACCAUCUUCAUGGCAGGACGCACUGUCGAUUUGGCCUCAGGCAUCGAUACGUCAGCUAGGAGUAGCUCGCCAACUUCUGGGGAGGCUCUGGAGACGUGUAUGGCUGAAGUUUCCUCUAAAUAUAUUUGUCCUCUGUGCAAAAUGUUUCUGGAGAAUCCAGCCCAAGUGCCAUGUGGUCACAACUACUGCAUGUCCUGCAUCGAACGGCUAUUAAGAAACAUCCCUGAUCCAGCGUGUUUACUGUGUGGAGAGAAAAUAAUCACUGAUGAUGCGAUUUUUAACUUUGGCUCUAUAAAACCCGAUGAAGUCAAAAGCAAGGAGAUGGAAAGACUUAGAAUGAAGAGUCUGAGGGAGAGUUUUCUCCAGUCUGGAUCACGGGAUGUAGAUGAGGAAGACCCAUUGGUGCCAAACUGGAACCCACGGAAGCUUUUGUGUCCCGAAUACUUGCUGUCCCAUCCAUUGGCCCGGAGGUCCCAGAGUCCGGUUCAAGAUGCAGACAUUCCACGUGAAGUUCCAAGCAUUUUACUUCAGAUGGCUGAGAAGGCAACCAGAGUGUCUCCGGAUGGCCCCGUCUCAACUCCUGAUGAAAACGAAUUUCCCUUUGGUUAUCCUACCUCCAUCUGUGAGACUGUCCCCGAUCACAAAUACCUCUGCAGCAGCUGUAAUAACGUCUUGAAGAAAGCCCAGCAAACACUGUGUGGGCAUAGAUACUGCUCGGCUUGUCUGUUGUGGAUUGUACGAAACAAUAAAAACCCAAUUUGCCAGAAAUGUAAUGUGGAUGAUCCUGGAACUACAAAUGAAGACAGAUUGUUGACAGAAGAAAGGGCUUUCAGCGAUGCUGCCAUUAAUAAAGAGAUUUCUGAAUUCAAAGUGCACUGUGGGACGCCUGGAUGCAACUGGUCUGGUAUCAUGAAAAAUUUUGAAUGUGCUGUCUCAAUGAGAGGGAGGAAGUACAUCAGCUCGAGCCGAGGAUCACACUCCCGGUUCUGUGUGUCAGACAGUGGGCUGGCGAACCUGCCCGUUCACAGAGUUGGCGUGGAGCAAAGAAAGAUUCCCGACCAUCAGAGCCUCUGUGAAUAUGCUUUAAUCCUUUGCCAUACCGGUUGUGGACAUAUGGUAAUGAGAAAGAAGCUUGCAGAUCACUUGGAGAAUGGAUGUGUUAAUAACAUGACCACGUGCCAGAAAUGUAAACGGAGGUUAUCCAGUAAUGAAUACCAAAAGCAUACAUGUGAAGGCAACUCAUCGAAGGACCAAAAACAGACCCAGCCAGAAGGACCAUCCAAGGAAAAGAACCAUUCGACGCCAUCGAACACCAAAGACGGUUGUCGGUUUUCUGAGAUUGGCUGUUCGUUUAGGGGCAGCAAAGAGAAGACAAAAGAACAUGAGAAGACUGCAAUGGGGACCCACUUACUGAUGCUGCUGCAGCAUAUAAAGCAACUGAAGGCCGGUUUGUGUCCUCGUGGUGGAGCUACAAAUGGCAUGAUCCCCCACUUAGCCACAGCAGAAGCUAAAGUGAAGGGCUUGGAAAGAAGAGUGUCUGAUCUCCAGAUCCAAGGGGCCCUGGAAGUCAGUGGCGAUCUGGAAGUGGACUGUAUUCCUGGCACAUCCGUUUGCGAGGAAGAGUCAAUUCUGCAACAGUUUGUGCGGGAGAAAGUGAUCACGGAGCUGGAGAACAAGUUGCACGUGUUUGAGAAUAUCGUGGCCGUGCUCAACAAGGAGGUGGAGACCUCUAAGCUAGAGAUCGCGGCCUUUCGGAGGCAGAGUGGACUUGAUCAAGAUAUAAUACAAAGCCUAGAAGUGAAGAUUACAGAGCUGCACCGAUGUCUGACGCAGAAAGAUGCAGGCUUGAGCAAACUCCAUACGCGCCUCCAGUCUUUCGAACAAGCGUCCUAUGAUGGAGUCUUUUUAUGGAAAAUUACAGAUGUGAGCAGAAAGUAUCAUGACUCGGUGACUGGAAGAGUAAUCAGUUUAUAUUCUCCAGCUUUCUACACUGCAAAAUAUGGCUACAAAGUCUGCCUGAGGAUUUAUUUGAAUGGCGAUGGAACAGGGAAAGGAACACAUGUCUCUCUCUUCUUUGUUGUCAUGAAAGGGGAGUAUGAUGCUCUGCUACCGUGGCCUUUCAAACACAAGGUCACAUUUAUGAUGCUUGACCAAAACAACAGAGAGCAUGUAAUCGAUGCUUUUCGUCCAGAUCUGACUUCUGCUUCAUUUCAAAGGCCAGCGAGCGACAUGAACGUUGCAAGUGGCUGUCCCAUGUUCCUCCCUUUGUGCAAAUUACAGUCACCCAAAUAUGCCUAUGUCAAAGAAGACACACUUUUCCUUAAGUGUAUUAUAGAAACAAAUUCAUAAACCCUGGGAUAAGGGUACUUGCCAAUACACCCAUGUAACCCCUUCAAAGUCUGCCUAGGGGGAGCCGUCAACAUGAAUCCUUGCGUGUAUUUUCAUGCCUACUCAAAAUCUAGCAAGUCGGAUCCUUGCAGAUAAAGUCAUCUACACUUGCUGCA